AUGCCGCCCCCUGUCCCUCCUUUCUCCCGCCCACGCCCCUCCUACCCACCCAAGCAUGUUAGUAGCCGGACUUUGUCGUUUUCUGAGGAGCGGCGUUAUGGGCGUGGGCGUGAGAGGUACCACUCGCGGGAGGUAGCCAUGAGGGCGUGCUUCGACAUGAUGAGACGCCGGUACAACGAAAUGCCAGCCGAUCCCGCCCAGAAUUUCCCCACCCACAGUGAGUUGGGGAAAGGGAAAGGGGGUAAGGCCCACCCCAUGGGCGUGCCUGCAGACAUCCUUCGCGUGGACUACGUCGACUUCCGCCCACAGGAGAAUGCGAAGGACCACCGCACCUUCCAUUACGAGUUGGUCCAGGAUCAUGACCGCCCUACGCCCGUGUUCAGGAGAGGACAAGCCUUCUACAUGUCUCUGGUUACCCGCGAGCGAGACUUCGACUGCACGCGCGACAACCUCUACCUGAACUUCUACUUUGGCCCUAACCCUUCCGUGCCCAAGCGUACCCGCAUCGUCUUGCCCGUCACCAUCCAGAAGGAGUUUUCGAAGGCGCCGCAGAAGUGGGACUGCCGCAUCCACGCCCAGGACUCACGCAACCUCACACUGCAGGUGCACAUCCCCGCCACCUGCCCCGUGGGUGUGUGGCGCUGUGUGGUGGAGACGGCCACCAGGAACUACCCCAAGGCGAGGACGCAGUACCGCGCUCCCGAGGACAUGUUCGUCAUCUUCAACCCCUUCUGCAGAGACGACGCCGUGUACAUGGAGAACGAUGCUCAGCGUAGCGAGUUCGUGAUGAAUGACACUGGCAAGGUUUACUUGGGCGGCUCCAAGAACACCCACGGCCGCCCAUGGGUUUACGGCCAGUUCGACGACUGCGUCCUGCCAGCUGCUUGCGUCCUGCUGGAGAUGUCUCGCCUGACCCAUGCUGAGAGAGGCAACCCCGUGAAGGUGUCCCGCGCCCUCUGUGCCAUGGUGAGGGCAGGCUCUUACUCGUUUUCUCCAUUUUACUUUUACGGCAUGCUAGAACCUUACUACGAGGACGACCAUCGCGGAGGCCAGAACCCCCACCUCUGGACCGGUUCUGUCAAGAUCAUCGAGGAGUUCUUGUGGCAAGGGGCGACGCCUGUCAAGUUCGGUCACUGCUGGGUCAUGUCAGCUCUGCUCACGACGUUCCUGCGUACCUUGGGUAUGAGCGCUCGCCCAACCACCGUGAUCACGUCAGCGCAUGAGACCCAAGAUACCCUCACCAUCGACCGCUAUGUGGAUCGCUUCGGUGAUAUUAUCGAGCGUGGUCCUGGCCGAGACCAGCCUGACGCUGUGUGGGCCUUCCAUACCUGGUGUGACGUCUGGAUGACCCGACCUGACCUGCCCUCAGGCUACUCGGGCUGGCAGGCUCUUGACCCUGCCCGCUCAUACUUCAGGGAUAGGUACUCAAACGGCUGUGGCCCAUCAUCUGCCGAGGCGGUGAAGAAGGGAGACGUUGGUUACUCCUACGAGACCUCCGCCCUCUUCUCCGCCCUCAACACCUUCGUCAGAUACUUCUACGAGGAUGACGACUCCGAGUGGGGCUACACACACUACAGGCAGUACAGGUUCCCAAUGUGCAGGUCGAUAAUGACCAAGGCCGUAGGACGCCACGACGACGACGGCGAGGGUGACUGCGAAGAUGUUACGAAGACGUACAAGGACAUGGAGAGGUCCGAGCCAGAGAGGUUCACCGUCUUCAACGCCUGCCGGGGAAUGAGGAAGGACCACGUCUACUACGAUUAUCAGGUGAGGAUGAGGGUGAGUGAGGGAGACCAAGGGAGCUAUGACGUCACCUUCGAGCUCGUGGAUCCUCAGCGUGUGGCCGCCGGUCAGAGCAUGACAGUCACUUUGCAGGUCCACAACAAUUCUAGCGAGACACGUACCGUCCAGGCCACUAUUUCCACCAGGAGCGCCUUCUACACUGGUGUGAUGGGCGCCCACCUGAAGCGCGUCACGGGCCAGUUCACCCUCGCCGGCGGCCAGCGUGACACCCUCACACUCAGACUGGACGCCUCCGAGUACCAGGACCGCCUCGUGGACAUGGGCUUCAUCAAGGUCACGGCCUCAGGCUUCGUGAACGAGAACAAGCAGUCGUACAUCGACGAGCACGACUUCCAGUUCGAGAAGCCAAGGAUGAGCAUCGAGGUGGCAGAGUGCCAGGUCGGACAGGAGUGCACCGCAACCUUCUCCUUCAGCAACCCCCUGGACGUCCCCCUGACGGACUGCUUCUUCAGCAUGGAGGUCGGCGGCGCCUGCAGGCCCAGGACCAUGCGCGUCAACCGCGAGGUCCGUCCAAGGGAGACCUUCACCUACACACAGACCUUCGUUCCUCGUCGCUCCGGGGACCGCCGCCUCGUCGCCGCCUUCACCUCCAGGCAGCUCCACGACAUCACCGGCUCACGCAAGCUCACCAUCCGCGACUAA